GGAUUCUCCUCAGCCCUCCACUCUCAGCUGCCAGAUCCCUCCGUGCCAGGACGCCCUGCUUCUUCCUCUGAUCGUUCAGCAAACUUCUUUUACCAAUGGAGCCCAUGAUGAAACGCCAGGCCUCUAUAGGUCUUCCUAUCCAUUCGGCAAGCCUUCCCGGACCUCCACAGGCGCGUAGGGGCUAUUCCUUUAGCGUCAGCGGAGGGGCAGGUGGCCAUGGGAUCUCAACCAGCACCUUUGGUACACAGAUUGGCAGCAGCUUCGGGGGUGGGUAUGGCAUGUCUUCUGUGUCAAGCUCUGAUACGCUGGCCAUCACCAACGAGAAGGCAACCAUGCAGCACCUGAACGACCGCCUGGCUAGCUACCUGGAGACAGUGAGGAACCUGGAGAAGGCCAACGGCAAGCUGGAGAUCAAGAUCAGAGAGGUCAUCGAGAAGAAAGGCCCCUUGGAGGGGAGGGACUACAGCAAGUACAACGCCACCAUCACAGACCUGAGGGCAAAGAUACUUGAAAUGAUCAAGGGCAACGCACAUCUUGCCAUCGCUCUUGACAACGCACGCCUAGCUUCAGACGACUUCAGAGUCAAGAUGGAAUAUGAGCUGUCCAUGCGUCAGACGGUGGAGGCUGAUGUAGCCAGACUGAGGAAGCUUCUGGAUGACACCAACGUUAUUCGCCUGCACCUGGAGAGUGACAUUGAGUCUCUGAAGGAAGAGUUGAUCAGCCUGAGAAAGAACCAUGAGAUGGAUGUUGCUGAAUUGCGUGCCCAGAUCACCCAGGUUGGCGUUCAUGUGGACAUUGAUGCUCCUAAAGGACAGGACCUGGCCAGGAUCAUGGAGGAGAUGAGGGCUAAGUAUGAGAAGAUAGCUCUGAAGAACCAAGAGGAACUCAAAGCAUGGCAUGAAUCUCAGAUCACAGAGGUGCAGGUCCAAGUCACUGAAAGCACGACAGCUCUGAAGGAAGCCUCGACUGUGGUGACGGAAACCAGGAGGAGGUAUCAGGCUCUGGACAUUGAACUGCAGUCGGCACUUAGUCUGAAAGCGUCCCUUGAGGCCACCCUGCGUGACAUUGAUAUGCGCUACAACAUGGAGGUGGAGAAGUACAACGUGAUAAUCGUGAGGCUGCAGGAGGAGCUCACCCAGAUCCGCACCGACAUUCAGCACAACGCAAGAGAGUAUGAGCACCUGCUCAACAUCAAGGUCAAACUGGAGGUUGAGAUCGCAGAGUACAGGAGGCUGCUGGACGGCGAGGCAGACUUCAAACUCGACGAUGCAGUUGAUCCUAAGAACAUCAAGACCCAAGUGGUGACAGUCACUCAGACUCUGGUGGAUGGCAAAGUGGUGUCAGAGAGCAAGGACGUCAAAUCCAGUGAAAAGCUUUCUGCCUAAACAGUGUGGGGAAAAAACCCUUUGAAACAAAAAUAAAAUGAACAAAAAGCGUA